AUGCCGAAAGUAUUUUCGUUGGAGUUUAAGCAAUCGGUAUUUUGUAUUAUUGAUUUCAUUGAAAAAGAAAAGAAUGAUCCAUCAAUACCUUUUAAUAAUGUUACUGACCGUCUUGUGGCAAUACUUGGUAUUUCGAGAAGAUCAGUUUUUGUGUUAAAAAAUGAAAUGAAACAAUUGAAGGAAGACCAAGAAGAAUUUGUUAGAUUUACUCUUUCGUCAAAUACCUCCUUAUUACUAACGCCAGUGCCACCAGCCAAACGUUCAGAUCGUCCAAAAGUACAGUUAACAAAUUUUGAACAAGCUACAAUUAGAUUAACGUUUCAUCAAUUAUUGAAAGAUGAAAUGUAUCCUACUGUUGAAAAUUUAUUAUCAACUCUAUUAAGUCAAUAUCCUGAAUUUCCAAUACAGUCAAUAACAUCAUUAUGUCGAGAAAUGAAGGCACUUGGUUUCAAAUAUAGAAAGCCAAAACAAGCAGAAGUUUUGAUGGAUUCAAUAACUUUUCAAGCUCAAUGUACUAUAUACUUUAGAAAAAUUGAUCAAUUACAAUCUAAUAAUUCUAUAUUAUAUUAUCAUGAUGAAACAUGGCUAACAUGUGGUUCUGAACAUGCUUCUGCCUAUUUUGCACAUAUCUAUAAACAAGAAGAAAUAUUUAAAAUUGCAGACAAAUAUGUCGAAGAAAUAGAAAAUGAUUUGAUCGAAAGUGAAGAUGAUGUUGACGACGAUACAUUAAAUGAUGUUGAAGUUGAUGAUUAA